UUCUCCACAUACUCCUGCUGCUUCCCCAACACAACCGUCGUGAGGCAGACAACAACUACCAUCCGUACACUGAAUAUUCACGACGUCAGUAAUAAUCGAAAAUUUGGAUUGAGGCAAGCGCGCCGGUUCGAGACCCACUCCUCAACACGGCCGUCGCCGCAUCUCCGAAAUUCCCCUCCAGGCCUCCAUUUACCUACAACAUCACUGUGGUCGUCGAUUCUACCACCGCUCAUCUCGUGAGACACGACACUGUCGCCUAUGUCGGCAUACAAGGGCCACCGGGGUCCUAAUGUGUCCCAGUACAUCGCCAAUUUGAACCAGUUAUCACCAACACAGGGUCCCCUCGACGAGCCCGUGGAAUCCGGAGAAGACUUCUCGGCGUUCCUUAACAACGAGUUCUUUGACAUCAACAACAAUCCCAUUCCUGGUUUCGACGCGCCCAUUGACCUAGAAGUCGACGUUACUGCUGAGCAAUCGACUCAGCCGGGUUUCGGAGAUAAUUCGCGUAAGCACAGUAUUCAAACUAGCGCGGAUCCCAGCAUGGAGUUCAACUUGAAUGGUGACUUCCAGUUCACCGACUUCAACAACUUCGGCUCCACACCUCUGCUUGACACUUCCAUGCACGGCCUGCCACAGCAGCCAAAUCACUAUCCUCUCCCCAACACAUAUGGGUCACCUUCGUCAUCGAUCUCUCCAGCCACACAAGGUUUCGACCAGGCUGCGAAGAAACGCAAACUCGACAGUAUCGUUCCCACGACACACGAAUCACUCGACGAGUCGGUGCGCGUCGCUGCAGAGGAAGACAAGCGUCGCCGCAACACAGCAGCUAGUGCACGCUUCCGCGUGAAGAAGAAGCAGCGUGAGCAAGCACUCGAGCAGACCGCGAAGGAAAUGCAAGACAAGGCUACCAGGCUGGAACAAAAGGUCCAGCAGCUGGAGACUGAGAACGCCUGGCUCAAGGGCCUCAUCACAGAGAAGAACGGCGGCAAGCACACCACAACCGACCUGAAGGCGCUAUUAAGCAAGCACGAGGAGGCGUCGGGACGGAGUAGUUCUACGCACACUGACGGCGUUGGCACCAAGGCGUGAUCCCUAAAGGCGGACGCCUAAAUUCCCUCGAUUUGCUUUUCCACUUGACUUUAGUCUCUUUUUCCAUCGAGCUCUACGGCUAUUUACCCUAGAGACUCGUUGAUGCAUUACAUCAUGUACAUACAUCCCGCAAUCUACUUUGCUGAUUCC